AUGCGUAAUUUGCAUGCAAUAAAGACUUCGCUAUUGGAUUUCAUUGUUUACAGAGUAAAACAUCGUACGUUCGUAUUUUGGUCAAACCAUUCUUUUUCUUUCGUUGCUUCCUCAUUGUUUUACAUUUUUAUUUUACCUCUCUCUCAUUCUCUCUAUUUCUGUCUUUUUCCGUCUUUCUAUAUCUUUUUUCUCUCUCUGUCUCUCUCUCUUUCUCUCUCCCUCGCUCAGAUACACAAAUUAAAAGGCCUUUUUUCAUCUCACCCCCUUUGCUGUCAGCUUCCAGCAUAUAUUUCCCUCUUUCGCUUUUCUUUUUCACUCUUUUUCUUCUUUAUUUCUCUUUUCUUUUUCUCUUUCUCUUUCUUCCCGUUUUCUCUCGCUCUUUCCUCCUUUUGUCUUUUUCCUUUCUCUCUCUUUCCUCUUUCUCUCUCUCUCUCUCACCUAUUUCUCUCUCUUUCCUCUUUCUCUCUCUUUCCACCUUUCCUCUUUCUCUUUCUUUACUCUUUCUCUCUCUUUCUUUUUUCUCUUUCCUUUUUCGCUCUCUUUCACCUUUAUCUCUUUUCUCUUUCUCCGUCUUUCCUCCUCUUUUAUCUUUUUUCAUCUUUUUUCUUUUACAUCCUCUUCCCUUUUUCACUCUCGCUUUUCUCUCCCUUAAUGUCCCCUAAUAUUUUUCAUUAUCUCUUCUCACCAUUUUGCUCGAUAACAUUAUCUCACGCUUCUUCUUCUACUACUACUACUACUAGUUGUAGUAGUAGUAGUACCUCUUCUUUCUUUCUUUCUUUCUUUUUUCUUUCUUUCUUUCUUUCUUUCUUUCUUUCUUUCUUUCUUUCUUUCUUUCUUUGCAGCAUUCCUCUAGGCAACCUGCAUCUAACUACGUAG